CAGGGGGAAGAACAUCUCUCUUCUUCAAACACCUAAUAAAACUGAAGAGGAGGUUAACAGAGAAUGGGAAGAAUCUGUGGACACAGGCGGUUUACCUGACGUUGGGAACAGCAUCAGAUCUGGCGAUGGGUGAGCAGGAGAAUCCACUGGACAGGGACCACUGUCUGUCUGUGGUUCUGCCGGGGGGCGUGGAGAAGAACGCCACAGUGCAUGGAAGUAAACCAGUGAUGGACUUGCUGGUGACCCUCUGUGCGAGUUACCAUCUGAAUCCAUCUGACUACACUGUCGAGUUCCUCUCGCCCAACAAGAACAACAUCAGCUUCAAACCCAACUCUCCUAUUGGCUCCCUGGAAGCGGAGACGAUCUUGCUGAAGCCCAGAGGGGUGGAGGAAAAGAUCAGGAGGCCAUACAUGCCCGAGGCAUCCGUACGUCUGUUGAUCAACUACAAUAAGUCCCAUAAGACAGUGGUGCGAGUCAAUCCCAGAGUGCCCCUUGAGAUGCUGCUGCCAGCGGUGUGUGACAAGUGUGAGUUUCAAGUGGAGACGACCAUAUUACUGAGAGACUCUUAUUCUGAAGAGCCUCUGGACCUGAGCAAGACCUUAAAUGAGCACGGACUGAGGGAAGUGUUUGCCAAAGACACAGCCGCUAAGGAGCCUGAGCCCCAAGAAGCAGCUGUCACACAGACAGAGGUCAUCACACCACCUCCACUACAAGACCUGCCACAGAAGGAGAAGAAACAGAAGGACAACACAGGAUUCCUCAGCUUAUUCAGAAAAAAGAAGAACAAAGCUGCAACGGAAGGGGAAAUUAGUGCCCCAGCUUCUCCUGCUCACAACAAACAAGCGGGAGACAAUAUGCCAGGUUUUUCCUCCUCCAACACCCUGCCAUUGGAGAUGCCCAAGAAGAGACGGGCCCCUCAGCCUCCCAUGGGUGCAUCACAGAGCGUGCCCAACAACCUCGGGAACUGUCAUGUUGGAGGAUCACAGAGGUCAGGAGAAUCCACCUUAAGGAGCACCAAGAGGAGGGCCCCACCCCCGCCCUGUGCAAACACCCAGCAGGAGGUCAAAGCGUCCCUGACAGAGGAUCUGAGAGAAAGCGACGAUUCAGACUCUGUAUCACUGCCCUCAUCUUCAUCAUCAUCACCACAGUCAUGCCAUCCACGUUUCUCUUCAUCCUUCUUACGUCCAUCCUCAUCCUCCUCCCGUUCAUUUGCUCAUCUCUACGAAGCGGCUGACCCUUAUCUGCCUUCGUUUCGAGGCAAAGACCUCUCGGACGCCCGCUCUGCUCUUGCCAAAGUCCUGACGUCCUCGCUUUCCAAAGGAACGCUGGUGAGGCGUGUGAGGAGCUCUGCCUCCUUCCCAAAGUUCUACAGCGGCUCCCCCUUAAAGUCCAUGACUCCGAGGCGUUCGGAUAACGGGGUUUUCUGUGUAGAAUCUGUUCUAGAACACAAACUCCCCACUGAGCACGAGUGGCAGGAUCCCGCGCAAAGGAAGGGAAUGACCACGUUCAAAGUUGUUCCCUUGGUGAAGUCCUGCGAUCCUGAAUUCACCACCGAGCCGGUAACCGUAGCAGAGUACCUUGAGAGUGAAGGUUCUAGUGCUGGGACUGAAGAGGAUCCAAGUUCUCAAGAUACACCGGGGACUGAAACACCUUUACAGCACCCAGUACCUUCUGAAACAUCUCUGCAGAGUCCAAAGCCCCCUGAAAAACCUUUCCGUAGUCCAGAACCUUCUGUAUCACCCUUGCGGAUUCAACACUCUUCUGGAAAACCAAUUUGGAGUCAAGGCCCGUCUAAAACACUUUGCCGGAGUCCAGGACCUCCUGAAAAACCUUUGCGCAGUCCAGACCUUUCUGAAAUACCUUCGCUGAUACAAGAAUGUUCCAAAAAACCUAUGCAAAGUCCUGAGCUUUCUGAAACGCCUUUGCAGAGUCCAGACUCUUCCGAAAAUCCUCUGCGGAGUCCAGAAAAACCUUUGGAUAGUCCAGAACUUUCGGAAACACCUCUGCAGAGUCCAGAACCCUCUGUAACACCAUUACAGAGUCCAGAACCUUCUGAAACACCCUUGGUGAGUCCAGAACCGUUUGAAACACCUUUGCAGAGUCCAGAACCUUCUCAACUUCCCAGUGACGGUCAGAUCGACUUGGAAGAUCCCGCUCAGGGUGAAAGCCACAAUGGAGAGUCUGAAAACAAAGACGUAAACCAUUGUGCUUCACACGCUGAAGUGAAGCAGGAAGUGGUUCAAGAAGAAGAAGAAGCAGAGGACUGUUUCCCUCCCCCUCCUCCACCUGUGUACUUUGAAGAAACCAUGGGGGAGAAAGAAGACGCUUCCACUCGGUCGUCUUCUCAGCAACCAAGUCCUACCUCCAACGGGAUUCAUCAAAAGGAGUCCAGAAAAACUGUGAACCCAGCCCCCUCCAGGUUUGCAGAGGCUGUAGCGUUGGGCGUGCAAAGGUCCCGUCUCAUGAGUACGGGGAAGGCUUUAGGCCCUCAGGACCGGAGCAGACCACUUGGUAAACCUCCCUCACCCCCCAGGUCCGCGUACCAAAAUGGUGCGUGACUGCCGCUGUCCCUGCACCAUUCCUACUGUAAGUAGAUGAACUGCGUCAGACUUUUUAUAAUUCUCAUCUUUUUUGUGCACGGACACAUUGCUGCUCUAUGUUGGACUUUAUAUUUAAACAUUGUGUCGACACAGCCAAAUGUACAGGAUAGAGUUGUUGAAGAGACGACGUCCUGUUUUUCCUUUUACUUCCUUUUGAGUUGUUAUUGAAGAUGUGCCAAGGCGGACGCAAAGCUGACGUGAGAAUUUGCAAUAAUAGGUUUAUUUCAUUUUUGUGCCAGAGUUAGUCAUCCCUCUUGGUUGUAUAUUUUAUAAUUUAUACAGAAUGCAGUACAACUGGUUCUCUGUUUGGCCAGCAGGUGGCAGUAGAGUAUUAUUUAAAAAGCUUAAAAUCCAUACAUGAGGUUUUAUGUGAGGUCUGAGAGACACAUUUAUAUUAUUUUAAAAUGAGCUACAGCUAAUAUUGUUUUCUUGUUGCUCAAAAGCAUUAAUGAACUUACAUGAAAUAUCAUUAUAAUAUCUAUGUGUUAGUUUGUCUGUUAAUUAUAACGACUUUCCCACAAUAAACCUGCAUUUAACGACAUGAGAAUUUCUUGCAUUUCUUGCAAAAAUAUCUGUGUUGAAAUCAG